AAGCGGCUCUCCGAGGCUCCUUGUUUUAAACUUGUCGCGGGCUAUUUUGUGUACACUGCACAAUUUAGAAACAACAUCCAGCCAGAGUGUGCCGAGAAAUAGAGUGAAGGCCAUCGGCAUACAAUAAAUUGGAUUUCUAUCCAAAUUGAAGACAGAGCAGGGAAACAAAGUUAGUGGAAAGGAAGAAGACAUAAUAAGAAACUUAAGGAUUUAAAAUAUUUGGCACCUUUUUUUAAUCUGUGCGACUUAAUUUCAACUGGCAUAAAAUAAAGCUGGAAACUACUGCUUCUGUAAAACAGCAAAGAAGAUUGGAAUUGGCUCCUGGGGUGUGGGGCUUGGCGAUGCCUCAGCCCAGCAUAAGUGGGAUGGAUCCUCCCUUUGGGGAUGCCUUUCAAAACCACACGUUUGCAGACCAGGCCCUGACCAGCACCGAUUUGUUAUCGGGCAACUCUGAUCCAGAUUUUAUAUAUGAAGUGGAUAGAGAAAUGAGUUGCAGACAGAGUCCACGAUGUGAUAUCUUUGCAGUUGGUGACUGCAAAGAUGUUGAAACCAUAGAUCAUUUAACAGAUGUUCUGGAUGGUGAUCCAACUUACUUCUCAAACUUUGAACAGUGGGACACAUACUGGGAAGAUCUAACCAAGUACACAAAGCUUGCCAGCUGUGAUAUCUGGGGAACUAAGGAAGUUGAUUUUCUUGGCCUGGACGAUUUAUCUAGUCCUUAUCAAGAUGAGGAGGUAAUUGGCAAAACACCUACACUGGCACAACUUAAUAGUGAAGAUUCUCAGCCUGUUUCAGACUUGCUUUGCUACACUGAUAUGUUGUUGAGUCAGAAGCCAAAUACACUUGCAUCUUCUUUAAGUGGAAAGAAAAUGACAAAUCGGUUACUGGCUUCAGCAGCUCCUAAGCCGAACAACCUUCCAGAUUAUGCAGACGUUUUUCAAAAGGCCACCAGGCCAGUCCCUUCCAGCACAGAAACCAUAAGUAAGACACAGAUACAGAGUGCCAAGGUAGCGGCUCUACAUUCAGACAGUAAGGACUAUGUCAGAAAAGCCAAGGUCAGGAUCAGCACAGCACCCCUCAGACCAGCUGUUGAAGCAACUCAGGCUAAGGCUGAUAUCACAAUUAAAUCUUCUUUUAAUGAAUCUAAACCAGUGGAGAUUGAAAAGAAGAUGGAAAGUUCAAGUAGUGAACCUUCAGAUAUCCCAGAGAAAAGUAUUUCUCUUAACUCAACAGUUCAUGAGUUCUUUCCAGGACAAGAGGGCAGCCAGGUGCUACUGCCUGGUAACACUAUGGUAACAGACCACUCUCAGAAGAAAGAAGAGCACAAUUAUUCUCUCUUUGUGACAGAAGAUGAGUCUGAACAGGCAGGCAAAACUGAGGAAGAUAUUGAUGAAGAAGAGGAUGCUGACGAGUUGGAACUGGAAGAUGAAGACCAUGAUGAAGGCUUUGGUAGUGAGCAUGAGUUCUCUGAAAAUGAUGAGGAGGAAGAAGAAGAAGAAGAGGAAGAAGAUUAUGAGGAUGAUAAAGAUGAGGACAUGAGUGACACUUUUUCUGAACCAGGGUGUGAAAAUGACCAGGUGGAAGAUCUGAAAGGUGUAACAACAGGCUUCUCCAGGAAAAGAGGCAAACGGAGAUACUUUUGGGAAUAUAGUGAACAGCUAACGCCUUCCAAACAAGAGCGAAUGCUGACGCCUUCAGAGUGGGACAGAGAUACAUUGCCAAGUAACAUGUACCAAAAAAACGGCCUUCAUCAUGGUAAAUACACAGUAAAAAAAUCUCGAAGAACUGAUGUUGAGGAUCUAACUCCAAAUCCCCGCAAACUUCUUCAAAUUGGGAAUGAGUUGAGAAAAUUAAACAAGGUUAUCAGUGAUUUAACUCCUGUCAGUGAGCUUCCACUGACAGCAAGACCCCGCUCUAGAAAGGAGAAAAACAAACUGGCCUCCAGAGCCUGCAGGCUAAAGAAGAAGGCCCAGUAUGAGGCUAAUAAAGUCAAACUCUGGGGUCUCAACACGGAAUAUGAUCGUCUUCUGUUUGUGAUAAAUGCUAUUAAGCAAGAGAUUGUGACUCGGAUCCAGCUUGUAAAAGAGGAAAAAACAGCCAGCAUGACUGAGAAUCUUGAGCAGCUCAUCAAAGAAACUCUAGUAAACCCUCCAGUAGCUGGACAGACGUCGGAUUUUGUAAAUCAGAUUUUGGAAAAGACUGCUGGUGGAGAUCCAACAGGGGGCCUUGUUGGUCUUCGAGUGCCAACUUCAAAAGUGUAAUAAGUUGCCAUCAGCCAAAAGGUUUCCAGACAGAAGACCCUCCAUGCCAUUUUUAUGACACUCUAUUCACCUUAUGUUUUGCAUGUCAGUUUAAAUCCUGAAAUCUCUAAACAUGUUAUUUAGAAGAGUCUGACAUCCUCAAGAAAAACAAAAUCAUGAUUCUGCAUUUAUUGUAUCUGUGCAUGUGGUUAGCCACUAGUUACAAAUUGUGAAGUUGAUAACUAGGCAGAACAACACUGGCUGAUAUGUGCUAAGAUUCAAAUCUUAAAUGCUAAGUAAUUGUAGGUAUGUGUACAGUAAAUGCUAAAUACUAAGAGCAUGAGAUUUGUUGAAGGUCAAGAUCUGGGAAAGAUUUUUUGUGGUAUAUUUAUUUGGUUUAAUGAUUCCAUUGAGGUAAAGUGAGGGCUGCUUGUCAGGAAUGGCAAUGCUGAGUUUGUCUUCAGAUUUUGUGCUCUGAUUACUCAAGCAUGUUAGGACUGUUGGUGGUUCCAUUAUUCCCUUUCAGCAGGUAUCAGCAAGAGGAAAAAGGGAACUGUAGUCUGAUGAUGUAUUGGAACAAAAGAUGUGCAUUGGCAUAGGUAGCUUGGUUCCAAACAAAAUACUUAAAUAUGUGAACAAGAUGCUAGUAUGAUCUAUACUUUCUUCCAUACCCGUUGGUUGAAGUCAUACGACAUUUAGACUUUGUAUGCUUUGCUAAUACAGCAUUUAAAGUUUUCAAUUCCUAAGCUUGAUGUAUAACUUCAUGUCUACGUACAAAGUAAUAUUCAUUGUGCCUUGUAUUUAAAAUAAGUUAAAACAAAUGUUUAAAGAAGGUAUACUUUUUACAAAAGGAAAAUAGUUUGAAAGGUGUAUAGAUGGAGAACUUGUGGAUUUGUAAUGUAUUUUAGUUCUUUAAACUAUUUUGAAUGUACAUAGGAAUAUUUGGAAAAUGUAGAUAUAUGCCACAGAGUCUGUGUAUUGUAUCAUAAGAUGGCUCUGAAAAAAAAAAACUUUAGUUUUCCGUAUUGACCGGAAAAACUAUUUGCACACUAUAUUUUGAUUGUUUGUUUUUUGUACCAAAGACGAAUGCAACAAAAAUGGCAAACAGCCAGUUUAAGUAAGGUUUUGCACAGCUUACCUGAUACCGUAUUGAAUGUAGAAAACGUGGUAGGGGGUUUAAAAUGAACUGUGAAGUUUUUGUGUGGGUCCAACUAUCUACAGAAGGAGCAUUGAUAUAUACUCUAUAUAUAAAGUUUUCAGUUCCUGCAAGUGGCUUCUAAAAGUAGAUUAUUAGGAAGAGAGUUUUGGAAUUAUCUUUUCUUUUUAAAGCAGUAAGUUAUGUACUGCCAUUAAGAGAAAAUAGAAUAGGUGAACAUAUGAAGCAUUUUGUGUAUAAUUUUAUUUAGCAUGUUACCAGAAAUAACCAAAAGGUUAGUAUUUGUAUAGUUUAUACAUAUAAAAGUAUAUAUAUAAUAUAUAUAAAAUUAUUCCUGAGUUGCCAGAUUUUCAAUUAAUGUUAUUGUGCAUGUUAUAUUUCUAAAGUUCUAGCUCAUAGACUGUAAAAAGUUAAAGUAAAAAAGAACAGUUAUAUAUAUUUUUGUAAAAGUAGCCUAAACAUUUUUGUUGAUGUUGCAGAAUAUUCCAUUUCAAAUAUAUUUAACUAAAAAGGCUUUUUGCUUUGUGUUUGCACUGUAGAAUAACCUGAGGUUAUCUUGUUUUUGCAUUAAAUUCAGCAAGAUAUGAUUUAUUUUUGAUAGGGAAUUUUAAAUUGUGUGUGUAUCUAUAUAUAAUGCAUAUACAUACACACACACACACACUCACACCUACACAUAUACUCUUUUGUUUAAUUGUGAAUUUGAAACACUCUACUAAGAUGAUAAAGUCUUGCAGCAGAAAUUUGUGGACUUGGCCAACAAAACUGAUAAGAAAUUCUUAGAUAAAACAGAUGUCUGUCUGCACAUGUGCAUUGUUCCCAGUUUAAAAUUACUUUGAAAUGUUCAGUUAAAGUGUUGUGGAAGUGUUGUGCAUUUCAAACCAAAUAAUUGAAGAUAUAAUACAGAGAUUUGUAAUUUAUCCAUUGAACAGUACAUUUACCCAGAGAAUAAUUUACAAUCAUUUAUUUUGUUGCAUCCAUGCACUAUUCCAGAUAAUAGUAUGCACUUUUCUUGUAUAUCUUAUUUUUCCUCGGUGGCCUCACUACUUUUUUCAUCCUCAAUAACUUAUUAUCCUGUUUAAAGUGUUACUCUGUAUGGACAGGCACUUUACAUGAAAGUUAUCUGGCUCUGUCCUUUCUAUAGUUUUCCAGGCAUCUAUUUGAUUUUGUGGACAGUACUGGAAAAUUACACAUUGUCUCUGCAACAGAAACCAAAAUAAAGCUGUAAAAUUUACUUUUUUAAAUUAAAAAUAAUGCUGUAAACCUAAACAUAUGCACAUGAACAGUAGGAAUAACCCGAAAGAAAAAUAAAAGGUAUUUAGUUGUACUAAUAAAAAAUGAUCAAAUUAUGGGAAAAAUGAUACAUUUUUCAGAUACUACAAAUAGAGCCAUGAACAUAUUUUCUGAAAUAUUGUGCUGUUUUAAUCUGUUGCUCUAAAAUGUGUCCACAUCCAAGUUAAGUGAUACAUAUUUACUUCUGUUAUUGUAUUCCUUUUGAGUUAUCUUCUAAUUUAAUCAUGUGCACUUGGUUUUGCAGUAUUGUAAACCAUGUGUAUGGGAGUGAGAUGCAGCACAGAUCUACAAAGUUUGAGUUGUAUCUUCAUCCAAUGGUCAGUUAAUUUCUUUUGUUCCUUGUGAAAGCAUUUGGUUUGCGUAUAUGUUACUGUUGCAGAAUCACACAGAAGCCUGAAGUUUUCAUCUCCCUUCUUUUUUAAGGCGAGAUAUAAAACUGAUGUUAGAGUAUCAAGGCAGUCAUAACAGAGUGAGUAUGUAUGAAAUGGAGGAGAAAAUAUUAGAUUUGCUGCUAAAUGUAAGAUGAGUUGCUACUGAUCUAUAGUGAAGCUUUAUCACAAAUUAACUCAAAAGGUAUUGACGCAUGUCAGCUUUGGACAUUUUAGUUUUAGCCCUUUCCUUUCUUCACAUGUUAUCUCCACCAGAGAAGAUGCAUAUCAAUAAUUAGUCACUUUCAGAAAUGGAAAGAAAAAUGAAAACAACUACAAAACUGCUUCAUGCUCACUCUUUAUUAUAAAGAGCACACUUGGUUCCUUUUUGUAACAAAAUAGGUGGCUUUUUUGCACAGCUGCCAAGGCGUAAUUAUUUUCCAAGGGCUCCGCCAAUUAUUCAAUUUUGCACUUGGAAAAUAGCACUCGUUUUCAUAGUUUGAAAGUCUCGCGCUAAAACAGAACCCUAUGCUUACCUCAGGUUAUGUCAUAUCCUUUCCAUUUUGAUACUUAAAAGUGUUUAAUUUUUAAAAGUGUAUUCCUUUGGAAUUACUAUAAAUGAAAGAUAUAAGUCAUAAACAAACAAUUUUAGAGGUGUUUGUUUUUUAGGCAACUGAAAGUGCACUGCUCCUAGAAAUGAGUGGUGCCAUCUUUGAAUUUCCCAUACUUCUGUUUGUAGGCUUUGUUUUUGUGCUUUCCUGAACUGUUUCAGAAAAAAACAGUCUGGGUUUUUUUCCCCCCAGUAAAUAAUCUAAGGUUAAAAAAUGCUUUACCAAUAAUAUUUCACUUUGUAAAAAAAUAGAAUUUAUUUUAAUGCGUUCUUAGUUUCUAGAGUACUGCAGAUAGUUUUUUCCAUUACUAGUCUGUCUCAAAUCCAGCAGUGUUUCACUUUGUAAAUAGAAUUAUAAGCUAUGUUUCUUCUUGUAAAUGUUAAAUUUAUAUUACAUGGUUGAAUAUACGAGAAAAGGCACUUUGUUUAAUAAAGAAAUAAAUACUUGUGUAUUUCUGCCAUUUUGCUGCUAAACCCUGGGCUAGUUGGAUUGCUGCAGUAACACUUGACCCAAGAACCCUGGAAGUGGCAUAAAAUAGUUCUUGAAAGCUGGCAGGCAGACCUUGUUUUCAGGGUUUUCAAGUGAUUGUGACUGCAGUGUCAUAUUUCUAUUUUGCAUUCUGUAAACAUUUCCUAUGGAAAGUGUAUUUUACUUAGGGUGUUCUUCAGGUUGGUGUACAAUGUAGACAUGUCUGUCCUGGGUGUUUCCAGAUGUUGAAUUUUUAUAUUGUUUACUUAUAAUGGAAAGAGUGUCCAGGCAUAUUCACACAAACUUCAUCUUGUGAAUGGCUUAAAAAAUGACAAUACCCAAAUAGUACUGUAAAGAAAGUUGAAAGGAUAGAAACUCCUAACACCUUUCCAAUCCUAGCCAUUAACAAGAAAAAGUUGCACAAAGUUUUAAAAAAAAAAAGGAAACAAGAAUUGCACAGGUUGGACAGACGAAUCUUGAAGGCUGACCUAAACGCACAGCCUGUUUGUCUGCAGGAUCACUAGCUAAAAACAAACAGACAAUAUGUGUAGGAGGGCUUGUCAAACAGAGGCGCCAGCAGCUGUGUAGUAGUGGUAUUGUCUUAUGUGGUCACCAAGUACUAGUAAAAUGUUCUUGUGAGUUUUUACUUUUUAAUAAGACGAAUGCAAGCUGUGCAGCUUUACAUUAUAACCAGGGGACUCUGUGGCAUUUAAACAGUCUAGAAAGGGUUGUACUUCAGUAUCAGUAACAGAUAUCUGCUUCCUCUAUUGAAUUUAAGAAAAGAAAAAAAAGUACACAUUUUACUUUAUUUUAUCAUAGUAAAUACUGUAUAUUAUAGCUAUAUCCUGAAGAAGGAUAACAGGAGACACAACUGAUUUUUUUUUUCUGGCACGCUUUUAUGUUUCAUUUGUAGUUGUCUGUAAAGCCAAUGCUGAGCACUAUGCAGAUUUUUGUCCUGUGAGUGAGACAGAACUGUGUUUUUAGACAUCUGUUCUCUAAACACAAGGCCAGAGCUUUCUUUUUUUUCUUCUUACAGUUAGCCGUGCUUGUAACUACUGCUAGACUGGCACCCUACAAGUGUUAUUAAGAGACAUAGGGCGGGAGUGUAUAUUAAUUAGUUGAUAAUUUUUGACGUGGGUUAGGAACCUGUGACAUUUUUUCUAACUUAGGUUAGACAUGCAAUGUUCUUGAUAAAGACAUCAUGGUGCACCCUUUGCUGUUGUCUUAAUAUUUUGAAAUGAGCAUUUAGUCACUUGAGUGCUGUACUUUUAAAGGGAUGGGCUGUCAAUACCACAUUUUUGCAGUUAACAAUGGAUUCCUCAAAAAAAGUCCAGCACAAAUUAAGACAUGUGUUGCUUUCACUAUGGCUUACUCAAGUGAGUGUUUGCUGUGCUAAAGAUGUAGUAGCCCAUCAAAGAAAAAUAUUUUCCUGUAAAAUUAAUUAGAAAAAAAAGGACUAGAAUCGCCCAUUAUCUUUGUUUCUGAUGGGCGUAAGCAAGCCUCUCCCAUCAACUUUUCUUUAUUCUUCCAAAGCCUAAUUCUGGCUGCAGAACUUUCUUGUUGAGUAAGGCCUUUAUGUCUUAAUAAUGUAAAAUGAUUGCAGAUUUAGUAUGGAACAUGAGGAUUUUUAUAUUGUCGCUGACCAAGGGAACACAGUGUCCACAAAAGGAAAUCUUGGGGCACCAACUGUGUCACCUCUUUAAAUAUUUGCAGUCCCAAAAAGAACAGGUGCUCGAUGGCGUAAAUAAACACAUGGGAAAGGAGUUAUAUAAAUACAAUGUAUUAUUCGUAUUCUUAUUAUUAAAUAAACAAAGGAAAAUUAGCCCAACUGGGCUGAGGAUAAUUUAAAGCUCUGUAGAGGUUGUGUUUCAGAUGGAAGCUCAUAUCCUCUGGUCUGCUUUCUCUGGAAUGAGAUGAUCCCAGCCAGGAGCACCUCAACUUUAUAGCGGCUAGACUAGAAGAGGCAGAAUCAGCUUCCGUCACUGGGCAGUUUUCCGCGACUGUAACUGUAAGAGAAGGAAGGCCUCAUGUGUGCAUGCGUGACAAUAUCUAUUUUAAUCUUUGUGGAGGAAGAGGUGAAAAACAUUUAUUUUAAAAAGGCAGCUUUAUUUCACAACCUCCCUUGCAAGAUGCUUAAAUAGUUUGAUUUAACAUAAGCUUACAUGAUCUGUUAUCUUUCAGUUGAUUGUGUUUCUUCUGUUCAUUGAAGCUGAUGCGGGAGUUUUUUUGUCAAUAUUAACCCAUUCUUUAGACUUUUUCCUUACAUAGUCAUAGCUAAUUUAUAGGUAAAAACUGCAUCUUGAAUAUUCUAUUUCAUAACAUGAUUCAUUAUUGCAUACCUGAUCAUGUUUCCCCUUGUGCUGUUAAUUUUCAUGUCAGCUAUCAAACGUACCACAUGAAAGUGACAAAGCACUGCCAGCACUUGUUCUAUGUGUAUCAUAGUGCACUUCAUUUUUGGCUAAACAUAAAGAGUUCUUUUGGCAAGAACCUCCAAACCGUAGAGAUCAUUGAGACUGAACAAAUGAAAGCAAAAGUGAAGCCACACAGGUCAUAAUGUGCAUUUACUUUUUUAUGAUGGAAUCCAUCUCUUGUUCACCUAUAUAUAUAUAUAUAUAUAUAUAUAUAUAUAUAUAUAUAUAUAUAUAUAUAUAUAUAUAUAUAUAUAUAUAUACGUAUGUAUAUGUAAAAUUAACAUGCAGUAAUUAAUUAACAGUGAAACAUCACAGUUUAACAUACAGUAAACCUUACAAAGAAGCCUGCUCUAUCAGGUGCCUUACCAUUAAAAUGUAAAAAUUAAAAUUGUAUUUUUAAGGUUUGUGACAUGUUUUUUGAAACUUAAAUUGCUUAGGUCAAAUUAUCUCAAUUCUGAAAUCCAGUUUUACACACGCGGGACAGUGAGAAGUUCAAAGUAGUCCUGUUUCAAUAACUAAGCAAAACGACUAAAUAUAAAAUGCAGUCUUCCAUCUAAAUUAUUUGGAAAUGAGGUGUGGGCCCAUCCAGGUUCCCAAAGCAGAAUGGCCUGCGUGCCAUCCAUUUCUGUCCAACCGAAGGACUCCUAAAACAAGCCUAAGAUGCACAGUGCUUUGAUUGCUGGUUAUUUGUGUACCAGUUAGCUAAAAAGCAGGCGAGGCCUAUUUCUUACUGCUACUCAGUACUCUAUCUGGUACCUGGUGCCCAGCCUCGUAGUCAAAAAGACUAUCCAAAGAGUGUGUGCUCUGUUUGAUUCAGAACCAUUUUGAACUUGCUUCUCAUUUGUAUUCUGUGUAAUUUAUUUUUGUUUGCUGUAACCAGGUAUUUUGUAUUUCUUUUAUACUUAGAUCUAGGUCUGUAAAAUAUUGCACAAGUCUGGAAAUGGAUCAGUUUUUUUGCCUUUUUUACUAGUUUGUACCACUAUGUUUAUGCCAUAUAGUUUUCAGCUUUCUUUAUUCCUUUUUCAAAAAAAAUAUUAAUUGUACUUCAACUGCAAAUGUAGAUGUGUAGGAUACAGGAGCUGAAUAGGAAAGAUGUUCAUAUCUGUACAGCUGAGAUGCAGUGACUGGUUACAUUUAGCUAAGAGACAGCAGCAGAAGCAAGUUCUCAUACAGGUACAAAAUAAUUGAAUUUCUGCUUGGAAAUGUUGACUCAACUUAAUGAAAGGUUGCAUUGUGUCAACCUCAAAUCAUUUAGCAAAGUGAAUCAUUUUAUGAUCUGUGUUGUUUUUCUUGUUGACCAAUCAAUACACUUGCUGAAAAUUGUGUAUUUUUUAAAUAUUUUGGCUUGUUUAUUCAAAUUCAGACUAUUUAUAUUAAAAAAAAACAAGUUUUGUGUAAAUGCAUUGCUUAACCUUCGAAAUGGCUAGAUAUACAGUAACAACAUUGAAUAGUCACAUAAACUGGUCAUUGCGCCUCAACUUGUAACCACUUUGGCUCUUAAAAAAAAAAAUGACAAUCCUGCUAGCUGUUUCUGUACCAAUUUAAUAUUAAGGAGCAUAGAAUCGCUUGAAUUGUUAAAAAAAAAAAAAGAGUAAAACUAAAUUAGGUUUGCUCCUUCUAAACCGGGUAGAAUUCCUGUACAUUUUCUUGAUUGGUUUAGUGUGGGUAUACCAAAUUCAAA